CUAGCAAGGACGAAGGCCGUGGAAUCGACUGACUGCGAAUGUGGACCUAGAAGGGAAACAGCCCGAUAUUUCCUGUUCGAGUGCUCUAGAUGGACAGAACAACGGAAGCCGCUGGUAGAGGCGGCAGGAACCCGGUGGGGUGACCUCUUAUUCUUCCUGGGUGGAAGGACAGAAUAG